UUGAUGAGGGGUAAAUUCUAUCUAUAUAUUCCAUUUUUUGGAGGUACGCACCCACAUUUAUAUAAAUAAAAAAAUGGUUAGCAUUUGUUGUUGGUAUCUAUGAUCCUAAGGUUGGUUUGGAAAAAAAAAAAAAAAAAAACUAUGUCAGUGACCAUGUAAUGAUAAGGGAGUUAAAAAUCAUUAUCACAAAAUUUUCCAACAAUCUAAAUAUAAUAAAAUAUUUAAAAAGUAAAUAAUAAUCAUGUAUAUCAACAUAGGUUGAGCUUGUUUUGUGCUAUAGCUUCUAUCCAAGCCUAAGUUGAAUAGAUUGAUUUUUAUUUUUUUGAUAAGUUACUACUUUGUGCUGGAAAAAUCGUAUGAUUUUAUAAAAUUAUGUAAUAUACCUAGAAUUCGGUUUUUUUUUUUUUUUACACCAUUACUUUCUAUUAACAAUGCACAAUCAAUGUCUAUUAUAUUUACAAGUGUGUCACAAUCACAUGGGUCUUGGUUUAAAUUUCCUAUUUAAAAAUCUAUUUCUUAAAGCAUUUCCAAAGUCAAUAUAAUAGAUAAAUUACUAAAUCAGAAAUACACAAAUCAAAAAAUCUUUUGAUUUCUUUAAUUAUUCAAAUACACUAAAAAAAAAAAAAAAAAAAGCCCCGCGAAAAUGCUCUUCAAAGUCUCCGCGCUGUAUUAUUUAGUGGAGAGUACUAUAAUUUAUAAAGUUCCCAAUUUUGUUUUAUUUUGAUGGAUUCUUUGACCAAAAUUUUUGUUCCUUCUCUCUCUCUAGCUCUCUCCGACCUUAUAAAUAGAAGUCACAAAAUCAAUUGAUGACACAACAUACCAGGCCUUUCAUUCAUAGCUUAAUUCUUAUUUUUCCAAAUUAGCCACUAAAUAUCUUCCAAUGGCGCCAAAACUGUUCUUAUUGCUGCUUCUAACCAUCUUAAUAUGUUCACAUUCUCAUGGUGUCCACCUCAAAGAAACCACCAUGACCCUGCAUUUCCAAGAUUACUCCGCCGGUGCCAACGCCACAGUUCUCCCUGUCACCGGCAUCCCCGGCAGGGUUUGGUCCUUUUUCGGCUUCGGAACCAUCUUUUGCACCGAUGACCCAAUUACAGAAGGCCUAGACAAGAGCUCGGCCCAAAUCGGAAGGGCCCAAGGCAUGUACGUGACCUCCGCGAUGGAUGGGUCAAACACACAUGUUUUGAUCUCAAUUGUGUUCACUAAUGAGGAGUUCGGAGGUAGCACCUUGGAGAUACAGGGCACAAGCCGCCAACACGACGCUGUGAGGGAGGUGGCCGUGGUGGCCGGCACAGGGAAAUUUCGGUAUGCGCGGGGCUACGCCACCUUCGAGACCGUUUAUUACGACAUGGAGAUUUCGUAUGCAAUCAUCCGGUGCAACGUUACUGUGAUGCAUUAUUGAGAGAGCGAAUUGGUGCAGAAAAAUAAAAAGCUGCUUGGACUUCGAUUAUAGAUUUACUAUGCUAUCAUGUACUGAUGGAAAUUACUUAUCCUUCAAAGAAUUUUUAGUGUGUUCCUUUCAGUAUUUAUUAGGGUCAAAGUCAGUGUAAUAGGAUGAUUAGCCAUGUAAUGGACAACUUUUUAGUAUUUUCAAUUUGUCAUAUAAUAACGGGCAAUCUGUUUUUCUUUAUUUUAGUCUUUCAUGUGCGUUUGGAUAAAUAAGUGAGAAAAGAAAUAAAAUGAUAGUAUUAAUUAGAAUAGAAAAGAAAAAAAAAAAAAAUGAAUAGUAAUAAUUUUUAUUCAUAUUUGGAUAGAUAGUGGAGAAAAGAAAAUAAAGGAUAGUAAUAAUUUUUAUUCAUAUUUAGAUAGAUAGGGAAAAAAAAAAAAAAAAAUGAUACUUAUUCUUGUUUGGAUAAUAAAGAGGAGAGAAAAGAAAAGAAAGGAUAAUAAUUAAAUUACUGUCCUACCCUUUUAUACAAAGCAAGAGCAUAAAGCCUUGUUCUA